UUGAUGUGAAGGUCUUUAAAAGUGUAAAACUGAGGUGAUUCAUUACAAUGCAAUGAGUGCACUUUUCUUUUGCACAGUUUCAUUUAAAAUGGACUUAGAAGCUAUAAAACAGAUGAAAUAAUUCUUACAUCUAAUAAGGAGAAAAUUAUUUCUUAAUAUCGCCGGUAUGGACUGAAAUGAAAACAUUUUCUCUCUUUUCCUAUUCACUUUUAAAGGAUGACAAACCAUACAAAAAAGGAUGAUCCCAUUCUAUCACUUUUGCGAUUUUAAAAUAUUUUUUCUUAUAUUUAAUAACUGCAAUAAACCUCAAAAGUCAUAAGAAACAGUAAAAUAUUUUCAAUCAGCAGGCUACUUAAUGCUGUAUUGAAAUGUAGCUAUAGGCAACUAUGAAAUACAUUGAAAUAUCGGAUGUUAAUAUGUCAUAUGUCAAACUUUGGCUCCGUUACAGGCAAGAUAAUAAGAGUUAUUUUUAAAAAAAAUAGCCGCUAAAUGUUUAUUGAUAAUCUGAAUAAACAGAAUAUCUAUGCGGGACUGCAGGUGUAAUAACUGAAUCAACUGCUUGUGACUGGGAGGACUGGUUGCAGGCUGCUGAAAAACCAGUAAGCUGUCCCUGCUUGAAAAAAAAAAAAAAAAAAAAAAAAAAAAAAAAAAAAAAAAAAAGUUUGUGAAAGUGGCCUGACGUCACACUCCCACAAUGCUUACCGCCCCAUAACUCCGCUGCAGCCUGAGGAGAGCCAGACACACUCUCAGGCCCCGAAUAUAGAAAAAUUAUUGAGAAAAAAUCGGAAAAAAUCAUAAAAGAACAGAUCGAGCGGAGAAAGGAGCGGGGAGCGGUGGCGUGGGCUCUCCCACUGCGGGUUUCUGGUCCGGUCCGGGAUGGAAGGUUACCGGGGCUCCAUGUGAAAUUGACUAAUGCGGUGCUGGAAACUUUUAGGACAGUAAAGAUGCAGAGCAGUAUUUCCCACUCACCGCCAACCAUAGCUGUUGGGACUGGGUGAGGAGGAGAGACCACGAGAGAGAAGGAGAGGAGCGACUGAAGCAGAGAGAGAGAAGGAAAGUGCAGAGACAAAAGAAAGACAAGUAGGAUUUUAACAGAUUUUGGCGUACCUCGAUGUUACUGCUGGAUCAUCGGCCCUUCCAGUGAACCGUCAGUCGCCUUCUUUUUCAACAAACCUCCCCCUGCAACUUCCCACGUUGAGCCUGCAAGGCAGGGGAGCCACAAGUGAAUUUUCAUGGCAGCGGCACUCUAGGGCUGCCAUGGCAGCUGCUGCCGCUGAUGCCUCACACCGUAUUACCGCACUGACGCCGGAGGAAGAGGGACGACGGACUGCCGCCAAGCUGUUUGGGAGCGCCGCCCCGCUGCCACGGACAGAGAGAGAGAGAGAGCGAGAGAGGGGGAAAGAGAGAGAGAAGGAGAGGGAGGAGGAAGGAGGGGAGGUAGGGAGAGCAAGCGGGAACGAGUGUUUGGUGUGCGGGGCUCUGUUCGCCUCACAGGAGAAGCUGCGGGUCCACGCCUUGAGUCACACAGGAGAGAAACCCUUCCACUGCUCACAGCCGCACUGUGCCAAGGCCUUCAGCUCCAAAUACAAACUCUUCAGGCAUAUGGCCACACACUCUCCACAGAAGACCCAUCAGUGCUCAUUCUGUGAGAAAAUGUUCCACCGCAAAGACCACCUGAAAAACCACCUGCAGACCCAUGACCCCAACAAGGAGGCCUUCAAGUGUGAAGAGUGUGGGAAGCACUACAACACCAAGCUGGGAUAUAAGCGCCAUGUGGCCAUGCACUCUGCCACGGCAGGGGAUCUCACCUGUAAAGUGUGCAUGCAGAGCUACGAGAGUACGCCUAUUCUCCUGGAGCACCUCAAGAGCCACUCCGGGAAGUCUUCGGGUGGCACCAAGGAGAAAAAGCACCCGUGCGACCACUGUGACCGCCGUUUCUACACACGGAAGGAUGUGAGGCGACACAUGGUGGUCCACACGGGUCGGAAGGACUUCCUGUGCCAGUACUGUGCCCAGCGCUUCGGCAGGAAGGACCACCUGACACGCCAUGUAAAGAAGAGCCACUCGCAGGAGCUGCUGAAGAUCAAGACGGAGCCUCCGGAUAUGUUAGGUCUUUUAGCCUCGGGAUCACCACCUUGCUCUGUGAAGGAGGAGCUCAGCCCCAUGAUGUGCGGCAUGGGUCCCAACAAAGACCCCAUGAUGGGCAAACCGUUCCCCAGUGGGGCCCCUUUUCCAAUGGGCAUGUACAACCCCCACCAUCUCCAGGCAAUGUCUAAUACUGGGGUGGGUCACCCACACCCGUCCCUAAUGCCCAGUUCCUUGUCUGCAGCUAUGGGCAUGGGCUGUCACAUGGAAUCCCCUGGACCUCUUCACCCACACUCCCAUCAUCACCACCAUCAUCACCACCAUCACCACCACCACCAUUCCCCUCCACUGCCCCCACACCACCAGCCUCCGGCUCCCCAGCAGCAGCACCAGCCCCAGCCAGCCCCCAAAUACCAGCUGGGAUCUACCUCAUACCUGCUGGACAAGCCCUUGAAAGUGGAGAUGGAAAGCUUCCUCAUGGAUCUGCAGAGCGGUUUGCCAGGCCCGGUUCCCUCUGCAGAGCCCCACGCUGCUGCCUCGCCCCCCAAGGACGGACUGGAGCCCACUUCGGGCCUGACGGAUGAGCUUUGCGGGGAUCCCCUCCUGUCCAAGAGCCCUGCGGUGAUCGCGGAGUCUCUGUGUGCUGCUAACAUGGACUUCUCCCACCUGCUGGGGUUCCUGCCCCUCAACCUGCCCCCCUACAGUGCCCCCAUGAGCACGGGAGGGCUGGUGAUGGGCUACACCUCAUCCGCGACCUCCUCCUCUUCUUCCUCCUCUUCUUCCUCAUCUCUGCACGCUGCCGAGCCCCACGCUGCAGCAGUCGCCGCGGCAGCAGCUGCCGUUGCCACAGCACCUCUUACCUCUUUGCAACCGCAACCUCAGGAGCAGCAGAGCUCCAGUGGGGGUCUGGGCCUCGGACCCCUGCACCCCCUCCCCCCGGUGUUCAGCUCCAGCCUUAGUACCACCACACUGCCUCGCUUCCACCAGGCCUUCCAGUGAGAGGCCCGGCCCUGGGCCCAGGCCUGCCCAGCCAAGAUGGCCUCCACGCCAGCCUCAGCUCAGCUCAGCAUGGAUAUUUUUCGGGCUGUGGUUCUUUACAGAGCCUGAUAAAAAAAAGUUGGAAGAUUAGAAUAAAUAAACACUUAGAAGCCUUAAAUGAAAGCGCACAAAAGCUUUUGAUUGAGCCUUAAAAGGAAGUUAAACCCCUUUGAGUAAAAAGGAAAAGGUGAGAAAAGAGGUUGAAGCAGCUUUUAUUUGGGCUUUUUUUCCUAUCCUAUAGUUAUAACGAUGUAUUAACCCUUCUUUUUUUUUAUUUCCAUUUACAUCCCCUUUUAUCCCCCUUCAAUCCCCUAUUUAGUAGUAUAGAGGGCAGGAUCAGUAGGCCAAAAGGCGUGGUACUGCAUACUUUCUAAUGUAAUACUUUAAAAAAGAAAAAAAAUCAAAGAUAAUUUUUAGUGAAGAUUGUCUGUCUUGUUGUGACCCAGAAAAAAAUAUAGUUUGAAGUGGAUAUUUUGUUUUUACUUUUUUUUUUUUUUUCCAAAUGUAAGAACAUGGUAGAACGUGUCUCAUCUUGAGUUUUGAACCACCCACUCUAAUAACCUAAAUUGUCAUGAUUAGUCUGGAGAGGAGAGAGUGAAGGAAAAGGAACAAAGAGAGAUAGACGUUGAGUCAACAAAUGAACCUUAACUAAAAAUCCUCUUAAACAGCAAGGCUAGAGCCACAAAAGUGACCCUGCCUCUAAAAAAAGUGCUCUUUUAUAAGAAAAAAAAAUUAGAUGCAAGUCCCAAUUAUUUUUCUGUAACUGAUUUGCUCCUAGAGUCGGGUCAGUUUUAAUGAGAAUAGUUCACUUAAUAAAAAACAGAGACCUACGUCGCCCCUGUUUGCUGCCAAACACAAAGACCAGUCACAUAAAUGGCCACAUAUUAUUUUUAAAGAAAAGAAAGAAAGAAAUGUGAAAGUGUGUGAGUUGGUUGACAAUUAUGUAUUAUCAUGCUGGUUUUUUUUUUUUUUUUUUUACUUUUCCUCAAGAGAAGCACUUUUUUGUAGCAGAAGGCACUUCACCUGUAGGAAUCUCCUCCCUCGUGACUUCUAGAGGUUUUCACUGCCUGAGACAGAAGCUUCCCAAUUCAGGGGCCGCAUCCUCGGAGGGCCGUACCGAAAUGAGACGAUCUGGUCUAUGGACGAUUUUUUGCUUUGCGUCACCAGCUGUGCCCGUCCUUAGCGUUGCGUCACAAAACGCGGCUUCUAUCGCCUAGCAACCUUGACAACACAUAACUUUUUAACUCAAAGUUGUAAGGCCUGUGGUUUUAACAGUUGGACCGUUAGCUGUUGAACUGAGCUGAAACCAGAUACUUGCAUUUAAAAAUGUAAUCCUCUUGCUCUGUUGGUGUUGUUUGCUUUCAUUACCGGCGCGCCAUGAAUCUUGGGAUAGGUUGGGCCACGAAGGAUCCACCCAUUGGAUCCUUUGUUCCCCAGGAAAAGAGGGCUGCAUUUCUCGGCCACAUUUGAAGGAUCCUUCGAAAUGGGACAGCAUGGUCGCGCUGCUGUGACGCAAUCGGUCUUCCUCCGAAGGAUGCGGCCCCUUAAUUGGGACACAGCUAGAGACUUUCUCCACACUUGUAGUUCCUCAGAAGACCCAGAAUCCACCUGGCUUCUCUUGUGAGGACUCUCCUGUUCCUUUCUAGCAGUUAUCUUUAAAAGUUCCCACGGUAAUGAUGUACUGCAGCUGUUAUCUUGGCUGCCUGACAUAUCUAAGACAUAGGCUCUAUUUUUGGAAUAUAGUACAGACACAUCUUUACGCAUCAUCAUCAUGGUGAUGAUGAACCCUGACAUAUGUGAAUGGCAAAAAAAAAAACAAAAAAAAAAAACAAGAAUUACAGUGACAGAUGAGGAAAAAAUGUGUUUAAGAAUGUUAUUGCAGUGUACGAAAUAUCUCAAAAAUGAAUAUUAUAAUUGCUUUUAUCUCAGUAAGGUGUAUUUUAGAUAGACGUAUUAAAACUAAGUGAUGAUGUUUUUGAUGUCUGGCAGGUUUACAUUUGUGUGUAUCUUGCAUUUUUUGAUCAAACAAAUGGAUGAAGUAUUAGCUUUUUCCCUUAAGCUUUCUCUGUCAUAUCCAAUCUUUACCUUUACAUGUACUUGAGUUAGUAUAGUGGAAUCAGAACUGUGGAUGGGAAAUAUCUAUAGAAGGCUGUUUAGUGGCUUAAUAAUCACGUAGGAUUUGAACUAGAUAGAUUGUGUCAUAGGGGAUGCUGACACGGAUGGCCUAUGAAUUUACGACUGUCUUUAUCCAAUGGAGUAUGUACAGUAACCCCUGCGCUGUGAUGAAAUCCCAGCCGGUUUCACUCCGAACUCAGUGGUUUUGGAUACCUUGGAGUAUAGAGCCUUUCUAACCAUUCACCACCAGCCUAUAAAAACCUGAGCCCAAAGUUAACCUAAGCCUCAAAGUGAAAUAGGUGCUCUUUAUCUAAUGUUCUGUCUGUGGCAUGACCAACACACCUGGCAUAUCCAUAACUUCACACGGGGCUGAGCUCCUACAUCGUGCAUCUGCGAUAAGUUUGUUCGUACAUGUCGUUCCAGUUGUAGAAGACCCGUUCAACUUUGCCUUUAGCAGUCAUCGUGCCAUGAGUGAGCCCCGCCCACUAUUAAAUGUUGAGUAAAAAACGAACAAAGAAAAGAAAAAACAGGAAAAACACAGCACAUAAAAAAUAAAAAUAAAAUACAUAUUGCUGCUUUUAGCUACGGUUGCUAAUGGAUGACAACUGUAGACCACUAGAACAUUUCAAUUUUUUUUUUUUUUUUUUUUUUUUUUUGCAAGAUGGACAGCGAGCUGAAAACAUGCACAAACAGAACCAACAAAGUGUUCAUCAGCCCCCGGCCCCAGCCCCCACCUGUACUCCCACUCCUCUUCUCUCAGCUGCUUUUGUAGAGUCAAAGGAAAAGGGUCUGAAAAUAUGGCGAUAUCUGGAAGAACGCAGUCACUGAAUUCCCGGGCUUUGACAUUCAAAGCACAGGGGGACACAUGACUGACUGCAUGACUUGGGGUAUUGCUUCUAGUCAUAUAUUUGUUUUGUUUGUUGUCAUAUGAUAUAUUAUUUUCUGUUUGUAUAAAACAGGACCUCGAAAAACAACACAACACAUCACCUCAUUUUUAUUUGUUUUAUUUUUCUUACCAAAACCUGGGGAGAAGAAACUACAUUUUUGCACAAUUGCUUGUUACAAAAUACUACAAGUGUAAUCCGAUUUUUUUAUACUGUAGGAUAUGAACAGCUGUUGGCACCUGUGUGUUAGACAGGUGAAUAUUCCCCUUGGAAAGCAGGAGCAGCUUAAAAUUCAGUAUCAGCGAGCGCUGAUGUUGAAAAAGCUUCCCCACAGUCUGACUGUUUAAUCACAACUUCAUAACUAAAAUCGUAGAUUUUAUAUUCUGAGUUCUGAACUAAUUUGAAACUUAAUUUUCACUUAUUAGUCUCCCCCCUGGAAGGUCAUUAUUUUGAUGAUGACUCUUGUAAAAUGAUCAAACUUUUCAUUGAUCCUAAACAAAUUAGUUUUUGGCACCUUUCUGACAUGAUAUCUAUAUAGAAAAAAAAAAAAAAACAUAAGAUUCAAAUUAGAUCUUUAUUAUGAGUUUAAAGAGUUUAAGAAAAAUCCUCCUGGCUUAAGCCAGAUUUGUAGCAAUCAAAUUGAGCAUUUAUAUUUUUGUAACAAAUAUUCAUUUAGUCCUAAAAGAGUUACGAAAAAGCUUUUGGCAUGUAUUAAGUUUGUCCUCCCUGGGUUUCUGUGAGCUAAUCUGAAUUCUAGCACUUUCAACCUUUAAAAAAGAGUAUUUUUUUCUUUUAAAAUUUCAGCUUAUAUGUUCAUAUGUUUUUAAUUUUGUAUUGAUCCUGUACAUGUAUGUGCCAUUAGUUUGAUGUGUAGACUUUAUCAACCUUUGUGUAUUUCUCUUCUCCAAAAGAAUAACAGUAUUUUUGAUAGACUUUUCACUAAUAUCCUUCUACAUAAAAGCCCUCUGCCCCUUCUCCUUUGAAACUUUUUUUUUGUUUUUGGGUAACCAGCUUUGCCUUCUUUCUCAUAAAUUUAUCUAAUCAAACUCUACAGCCAAGUGCUUGAAGAGAACAGCAACAACAUAUCUCUUACUCUGAGGCGGUGAGAAACAAGUGUUGUCAGGAGAGUGUCAAAGCCACAGCCUGACCACAACCUGCCAAUGAACACAGUUGCAACAGAGACCCAUCUGCAGGCCAUUUUUAGACCGUGUAACUGAACAAAAAUGAAGUCAGGAGUGACCCCAAAAUAAAGCACUUAAAGCAUACAGCCUGGUUGAACUGGUUGUCUCUGCCAACAGUAGCAAUGUCCUGCUAUAAUCACUCGUGUGUAAAAGAUUUUCAUUCAGUUCUUCAUUGGGAAGUGAGUUAACAUGACUUUUAAGUAAUGUUAUGAAACACAAACUCAUCAAGGAGUCAAAAAAAUAAUAAUUUUUUUUGAUUUUUUAAGACGGGAGUGAAAAGGUUGGUCAAGACAUACCUGUAGUUGUGAAACACGGACAACAGAUCUCAGGACUGUUGUGCAACCUAAGCUCAUAUUGGUGAAGUCUUUUCAGAGGUGUUUCCAGUGAUUCACCCAGGACUGGGUCAGUCAUCCUUAACAGUGGGUCAGGAUUAUGACAUAUUAAGUCAAAAUUAAAAUGUACAGAGUCAAAAUUAUCACUCAUUAAGAUGAAAUUAUGAAAUACUUGAAAAAUUAUAAAUCAAGAUCAUUAACUUGACUUUUAACAUUAAAAACAAGGUUACUAUGUCAAAAUGAUUUGAUACUAAGUCAAAAUUUGACUUGUUUUUUUUAUAAUCCUGAUUUACAAAGUCAAAAUUUUAACUUAGUAUCAUAAUUCUCAUUUAUUCUUUGCACAAGUUUUUAUCAUUUUUUUCUCUUUCUGGCAGAAAUCGUCUUCCAUAGAAAUAGCUAACAUGAAAUGCUGAUACCGAAUCAGUGCGACUCUGAAACACUUGGUAUAAAAUGGAUCCUCCCCUGACCUCUGACAGUGAUGUUGUUCUGUUCUUUGGCUUGGCUGUAGAUCCAUUACCUCGACCUGCACCUACUAGGGAUGCACUUAUCCUCACCUUUUCCUCUUUACUAGUAGGUGCAGAACACAAAAAUUUUAAGGGAAAUUUUUCAUCAGUUUAAGCCUGAAAAAACUGAUUUGAUUUUAAUAAUGCUCUCUCUCUCUCCCUCUCUUUUUUUGCUUUUAGUAAGAAACUGGGUACUGUCUGGUGCAGGCAACAUCCACAUGUAGUUUUAUAUAUUUCUAGCUUAAUGUAAGUCUUGCAUUCCAACCUCUUUGUGUAUCUCGUUUAGUGACAUAGCCCUUUAUUUUUUAUCACUUGCUAUUACAGCCACCUCUGGAAUAAAAAAGGUGAAAAAAGGUGAACGAAAAUAGAAUAUUUGCAUUCACUUACACUAUUUUAUAUAGCAUGGAGUUUAUCAACUACAGGGAGAAUUAUAUAAAUGAUGUGCUUUGGAGAAAGAAAGAAAAUGAGAAGUCUUGCUUUUUUUGUUACAUAUCUCACAUGCAAUCAGUUGCUGCAAUGUAAAAGUGACAGAUUUGUAUAUUGGUUGAUCCAAAGAGAUGAUGAACACAACAACAGAACUAUUGACUUAUUGUACAGUACAGUGUAUCUUUGAGUUGUCAUGUGUUAUGUUGAAAUGAUUAAAAGACAAACCAGCGGU